AUGGCCAAGGCUAAAGCAAAACAAUCUCUCCCACUCCAUAAGAUCAUUAUGGUAGGCUCCGGUGGUGUAGGAAAAUCAGCCCUUACAUUGCAGUACAUGUAUGGCGAUUUCGUCGAGGAAUACGACCCAACCAAGGCUGACUCUUACCGCAAGAAGGUUGUGUUGGAUGGCCAAGAAUGUCAAAUCGAUAUCCUGGAUACAGCAGGCCAAGAAGAAUAUGCAGCAAUUCGCGAUAAUUAUUAUAGAUCUGGCGAAGGUUUUCUUUGUGUUUUCUCUGUUUGCGAGCAAGAAUCUCUUGAGCAUACACAAGAGUUCCGUGAUCAAAUUUUGAGAGUGCUGGAUGACGAGACGAUUCCCUUCAUUUUGGUUGGAAACAAGGUGGAUUUAGCACAUUUGCGCAAGGUACCUGCAACAGAAGCAAGCUCAUUAGCAAGUGAAUGGCAUUGCCCCUAUGUCGAGACAUCUGCAAAGACCAGACAAAAUGUUGAGGAAGUCUACACCAUGUUGAUGAGACAAAUUAGAGAUAGAAAAGCCAAGCAACAGCAGCAGAGUAGUCCAGACAAGGAUUCUUGUUGUGUUAUCCUUUAA